GCAGUCCCCAAUCCUCACCACCACCACUCAAUCCCCUUCCAAACCCAUUACAAAGGGGAGAUAGCCCGCCCUUCUCCGCCUUCUCACUCCAUCUUCCACCGCUUCCGCCCACCAUCAUCAUCCCACCAUGACGGCCUCUUCCCUCCUCCCCUCCCCCUCUUCCCUGCUCCUCCUCCGCCGCCACGCCCUCCCCGUCGGCCGCCGCAACCGCCCCGUGGCCCCCGUCCGAGCCCUCUCCGCCCCCGCCACCCUCACCCAGGACGACCUCAAGAAGCUCGCCGCAGUCAAGGCCGUCGAGUACGUCAGCAGUGGCAUGGUGCUCGGCCUCGGGACCGGCUCCACCGCCGCCUUCGUUGUCGCCGAGAUCGGGGCCCUCCUUUCGUCGGGCAAGCUCAGGGACAUCGUCGGCGUGCCCACGUCCAAGCGCACCUAUGAGCAGGCUUUGUCUCUGGGGAUCCCGCUCUCCACCCUCGACGACCACCCGCGGAUCGAUCUCGCUAUCGAUGGUGCCGAUGAGGUGGACCCAGACCUAAAUCUUGUCAAAGGACGUGGAGGAGCUCUACUUCGUGAGAAGAUGGUUGAGGCAGCAUCUGAUAAGUUUGUCGUGGUGGCGGAUGAAACAAAGCUUGUAACUGGAUUGGGUGGAAGUGGGCUGGCGAUGCCAGUGGAAGUUGUGCAGUUCUGUUGGAAAUACAACCAGACAAGGUUGCAGGAAUUGUUUAAAGAAGAAGGAUGUGAGGCGACGCUUAGAUUGGAUGAUGGCGGGAAGCCUUAUGUCACUGACAAUUCAAACUAUAUCGUUGACUUGUACUUUAAGACACCAAUUAAAGAUGCACCAGCUGCAGGAAAGGAGAUUUCAGCACUUGAAGGGGUUGUAGAACAUGGAUUGUUCUUGGACAUGGCAACUGCUGUCAUAAUUGCUGGAAAAGAUGGGGUGACCAUGACGACAAAAUGAGUAGCGAGCAUUCUUAGUCAACAUGGCUUGGUUUUUCUUUUUCUUUUUUUUUUCUCUUUUGAUGUAUGAAAAUUCUAUGUAUCUUCAGUUCGUCUUACGAACAUUCAAGAGGAAUUGCCAUGACCUUGGUUAAAACCAUUUUUUUCUGUUUAUGAACUCAUUCUUCUGA